GGCGGCAAGUUGUCUCUAGCCGGCGCCAGGUGACCAUGCCGCUGAAGAAGAUCGACUCGCGGAUCCGGACGCUCAUCGAGAAUGGAGUGUACAAGGGCCACCGGUCGAUGUUUGUAGUGGUGGGCGACAAGAACCGCAACCAGAUUGUUAACCUCCACUACAUCCUGUCCAAGUGCUCGGUCAAGACGCGGCGCAAGGUGCUGUGGUGCUACAAGAAGGACCUGGGCUUCUCCUCGAACCGACGCAAGCGCAUGCGAGAGAUUAAGCGCAAGAUCAAGCAGGGCACCCUCGAUCCCGAGGCGACUGAUCCCUUUGAGCUUUUCAUCUCGUCCAACGACAUCCGCUUCUGCUACUACAAGGAGACGACCAAGACCCUGGGUAACACCUACGGCAUGCUCGUCCUGCAGGACUUUGAGGCCCUCACCCCCAACAUCCUCGCCCGCACCAUCGAGACCGUCGAGGGCGGUGGCCUGGUCAUCAUGCUCCUCAAGAACAUGGCCUCACUCUCGUCGCUCUACUCGAUGACCAUGGACGUCCACUCGCGCUACCGGACCGAAGCGUACUCUCAGGUUGUCCCGCGGUUUAACGAGCGGUUCAUUCUCUCGCUCGCCUCGUGCCCGAUGACCCUUGUGGUCGACGAGGAGCUCAACGUCCUGCCCAUCUCCUCGCACAUCCGCAACAUCAAGUCGCUGAAGGAGGAGGCGUUGGCCGAAGCGCGCAAAAACGGCAUGCUUGGCAAGCAUGAAGACGACACGGCGCUUGCGCUCUCGAUCCAGGAGUCUGCCGCUGCCCGCGAGCUCAAGGAGGUCAAGAUCUCGCUCGCCGAGGAGCAGCCUGUUGGCGCGCUGGUGGAGACGGCGCGGACGCUCGACCAGGCCCGCGCCCUGCUUGUCUUUGUCGAGGCCAUUUCCGAGAAGACGCUCCGGUCGACAGUGACACUGACCGCGGCCCGUGGCCGCGGUAAGUCUGCUGCGCUCGGCCUCGCCAUUGCGGCAGCGAUUGGCUACGGGUACUCGAACAUCUUUGUCACCUCGCCGUCGCCCGAGAACUUGACCACACUCUUUGAGUUUGUUGUUCUCGGACUCAAGGCGCUCGGCUUUGAGGAGACGGCCGACUUUAACGUGGUGGCGUCCAAGAUGGACGACGAGUCGUACGCCGCGGUGACGCGGAUCAACGUUUUCCGCGACCACCGCCAGACCGUCCAGUACAUUCUUCCGCAGGACUCGGACAAGCUUGGGCAGGCCGAGCUGGUGGUCAUUGAUGAGGCUGCCGCCAUCCCCAUCCAGCACGUCAAGGCGCUGCUCGGAAACUACCUCGUCUUCCUCGCCUCGACCGUCAACGGCUAUGAGGGAACCGGGCGCUCGCUCUCGCUCAAGCUCAUCAAGAAGCUGCGCGAGCAGGCCGCAGGCCUCGCCGCCGGCUCGUCGGCCACCGAGGGCAACGAGGGCAUGGCGCUGGGGCGGGCCCUCCGCGAGAUCACCCUCAAGGAGCCGAUUCGGUACGGCGAGGACGACGCCGUCGAGUCGUGGCUCCACAGCCUCCUCUGCCUUGACGUCAAGCCGAUUCCGCGGCUCGGCGCGCGGACGCCGCACCCGUCCGAGUGCGAGCUGUACUGCGUCGACCGCGACGCGCUUUUCUCGUACCACGCCGGCUCGGAGGCCUUUCUGCAGCGUAUGAUGGCGCUCUAUGUGGCUUCGCACUACAAGAACACGCCGAACGACCUGCAGCUCAUGUCGGACGCGCCAGCGCACCGGCUCUUUGUCCUCCUCCCGCCGGUCGACCCGUCGUCGCCCGAGCUCCCCGAGGUCCUCGCCGUCAUCCAGGUCUGUCUCGAAGGCCGCAUCUCGCGGGCGUCGGUCAUGUCGUCGCUCGCCCGCGGCAAGCGCGGCUCCGGCGACCUCAUCCCGUGGACCGUGGCGCAGCAGUUCCAGGACAAUGACUUUGCCUCGCUCUCGGGCGCCCGCGUCGUCCGCAUCGCUACCCAUCCCGAGUACACGCGCAUGGGCUACGGCUCGCGCGCGCUCGAGCUCCUCACCGAGUACUACACCGGAAACCUCUCGACGCUUGCUCCCUUUGAUCCGACCGCCGGCGACGAGGCGCAGAAUGGAGGCCGGGGAAGCUCGUCGACCACGUCGCUGCUGAAGGAAAAGGUCAAGCCGCGGAAGGACGUCCCGCCGCUGCUGGUUCCGGUCUCGCAGCGCGCGCCGGAGCGGCUCGACUACGUCGGUGUCUCGUACGGCAUGACCCAAGGCCUGUUCAACUUUUGGAAGCGCGGCGCGUUUGUGCCGGUUUACGUCCGUCAGACCGCCAACGAGAUGACCGGCGAGCACACGUGCAUCAUGCUCCGCCCGCUCCCGUCGGCCGCCGGCGGCUCGUCCGUCGCCGACAACUGGAUCCAGCAGUACUUUCUUGACUUUCGGGCUCGCUUCUUUGAGCUCCUCUCGUUCAACUUUAAGACGCUCCCGCCGGCACUCGCUCUCUCGGUCCUCUCGCCGCCGCGGACGCUCGACCUCGACGGUCUCAUUCCUCCGCUCGGCUACAGCGAGCUCCUUGUCCACUUUUCCGAGCACGACCUCAAGCGCCUGCAGGUCUACGCCCUCUCGCUCGUCGACUACCAUGUGGUCAUGGACCUCAUCGCCAAGAUUGCGCGUCUCUACUUUCUCGACCGCAUCCCAGACGCCAAGCUCCGCGUGACGCAGGCGGCCAUCCUCCUUGCUGUCGGCGCUCAGCACCACACCGUCGACGAGGUCGUGGCCCAGCUGAAGCGCCCGUCGGCGCAGAUCCUUGCCCUCUUUGCGCAGGGCAUUAAGGCUCUUGAAAAGGCCCUGCGUGCCAUUCAGGAGGCCCACGUCGCCGAGGAGCUGCCCUCGGCCACUGCCAAGUACGCUGACACCACCGCCGCCAUGGACGUCGGCCAGAGCUCCGAGCGCGUCGCUGAGCUCCUCCGCGACGAGUCGCUCGCGCAGUACACCAUCGCCGGGCGCAACGAAGAUUGGGAUGAGGCACUCGGUGCCGCCGCCGGCACCGGCGCCGUCCCCUCCUCGGUCUCCAUCGCCUCCACCCGCAAGCGCAAGCGCGACGCCGCCCCUUCGUCGGCCAAGAAGGCUUCGGUCGACAUCGGCACCAUGGAGCGCGAGGCCAAGCGGACGAAGGCCGCCAAGGCUGCGGAGCGCUCCAAGCGCGCCAAGCGCGGUCGCUCCAAGGGCCGUAAGAAGGCAGGGAAGUAAAGCUCUCAUUUACGCA